CACCGGCUAACCCGUUUGCCGGCUGAGCCGGACCAAAUGACUUGCCUUUGUCAUAAACCUGGGUUUUAAAGAAACUACAACACAGCAAUACUCCCCACCAAACCGUCUUUUCCCCCACGAGAUUGACCUCGCCAACGACCAAUUUCUUCUCGUCCAGUUUCCGGGGAGGUUUUCUGGAUCCUCGCCGAGUUCCUCACCAUUUCCUCUUUAGAUAUUCCGUGCCCGAUCUCAUUCGUGCUUUCUCCACGCAUUUUGGAUCUGCGCCUGGGUUAAACCCUACACCAGUCUGGGUUCCUUCUCUCUGCGGCAAUCUGGGGGUUUCCGGAGAUGGCGGAAGCAGGCACAAAUUCGCGUUAUGUCAAGCUGACCAAAGAGCAAGCCCCACUCGAGAUUAAGCCCGGCGAGCUCAAUCAGCCCAUCGAUGUCCCUCAGUUGACUGUUCGCAAGUGCAAUGAGUGUGGGCAGCCGUUGCCGGAGGACUUUGAGCCGGCGGCCGACGAGCCUUGGAGUACUGGGAUCUUUGGAUGUGCUGAAGAUUCUGAAAGCUGUUGGACAGGGCUGUUCUGCCCCUGUGUCUUGUUUGGGCGGAAUGUCGAGAGGAUGAGAGAUGAUACACCAUGGACUACACCAUGCCUCUGUCACGCUGCAUGCAUUGAAGGUGGUAUUGCUCUUGCUGCAGUGACGGCUUUCUCCCAUGGAGUCAUAGUGGAUCCAAAUACAUCGUUCCUUAUAUGCGAGGGUCUGUUGUUUGCUUGGUGGAUGUGUGGUAUUUACACCGGUCUGGCGAGGCAGUCUUUGCAGAAGAAGUAUCAUCUGAAGAACGCUCCAUGCGACCCAUGCAUGGUGCACUGCUGCAUGCACUGGUGCGCUCUCUGCCAGGAGCACAGGGAAAUGAAGGGCCGCCUCUCGGAUAACUUUGUCAUGCCGAUGACCAUCGUGAACCCCCCUCCCGUCCAAGAGAUGUCAGCAGCAGAGACCUCCACCGCCGAAAACCAUGAUCAUGCAGCUCCAUCUUCAUCAGAUAAGAGUCCAGCUCAGUUGGAAAUGCAGGUUCUAUAGAAGCAAACCACCUCCAUUAGUGAAACACAGUUGGGUCAUGCGAGAUUAUUGUUCAUUGUCCUCGAUUUCGCUUUAGAACAAAAAUCAAACUUGAACUACAUACUUAUCGCCUUUGGUGGCACCCCCUUUUGUAGAGUGAAUUCCAUAGUCCUUGGAGAAAGUUCAUCUUCAUCUAUGGCUUGAUGCAUUGACGUGUUCAUUGAUUGAGGUAAGCAAUGGCCGGCUGGGAGCUGUGCUUUCUUUCCAAUGAAUACAUGUGCUGGGACCAGAAAAAUAUGAGGGAAGAAGAAGGGGAAUUCUGGCAUAUGGAUUUCCUGAGUAAAAAAGUUUGAGCCAGGUUCCCCAUAUUAAAUUUUACUGACUUGUCCAUUCUUUUAUUAUAGUUCUUGGCAGCUUUGUACUGCAUGUCCCUGCUGCCAAAAUCUUUUACCCUCUGUCUCGUACAACUUCAUUAUUGUCUGGGGUGAGAUUCUUUCCAUUGAUCACCUUCUCUUGCAUCUCCGUAUACUGUCAAAAGCAUAACUACUCCCCUCUUCCAUUUCUAGAUAUCGACCUCUUCAGUGGGAAAACACCAAAUAAGAAUCCACCCUUUGUAAUUGUUUUAGUUCAACACACUUAUUACCAAAAAUUUGGUAUUAUAUGUUUGUUCUUAUAUGGGUUGUCCACAUCUCAGACAUUUUUAUACUUCCAUCAUCAUUGAUCGUAUUACACCACGUAUUGCCCGAGAUUGUGUUGUAAUUAUUGUUUACUCUUGUUUUACCCUAUUACCAAUACCAUGAUUUUUUUCUCAUGAAACUAAAGAUGUUUCGGAUUC